ACAUUUUCAAAUGUGUUUGCCGACCGGUCACCGGUGAUAUAAGAAAAGCAUCACUUUAAUGCAGACAAAACUAUUAAGAUUUAUAUUUAUUUAUUUAUAAUACCUACUUUUAAACAUGUGUGAAUCCGUGCAAGUAGCUCUCAGAAUCCGACCUUUAGUCCCAAUAGAGACAGAAAAGGGAUGCAAGGAUAUCCUUGAAGUGUUUUCCGAGUUGAAUCAGAUCAGAAUCGGAAACACGGACAAAGCGUUUACCUACAAUUAUGUUUUUGGCACAAACAGCACCCAAGAUCAAGUCUAUGACAAGUGCGUUAAGCAUAUGAUCCAAAAUCUGUUCAAUGGGUACAACCUUACUGUCUUGGCUUAUGGGCAGACAGGUUCAGGGAAAACCCACACAAUGGGUACAACAUACUGUGGAGAUGGCGAAAUGGGGGUCAUACCCAGAGCAGUUACUGAGAUCUUUGAUUGUGCCAAAGACAACUUCGCAGUUGACUUCACAAUGACUGUUUCUUUCAUGGAACUGUAUCAAGAAACUUUGUAUGAUCUACUUUCAAGUAAAAGCAGAGAGCAGUGUGUAUUAGACAUCAGGGAAGAUCAAAAUAGGGGCAUUAUGAUCCCGGGAUUAACCCAAGUUCCAGUCAAUUGUGUGAAGGAUGUGUUUGAUGAACUCAUUCGUGGCUCAAGUGGUCGCGCUACAAGUGCUACCAACAUGAAUGCGCACAGUUCUCGUAGCCACGCGAUUUUUACAAUGAAUUUGCUCAUGCAGAACAAGGCAGAUGGGAAUGAAAAGACUGCAAAAUUCCACUUGGUCGACUUGGCGGGUUCUGAGAGACCUAAAAAGACUGGUGCUGUAGGAACAACGUUCAAAGAAGGUGUUAAUAUUAAUAAAGGACUUUUGGUUUUGGGAAAUGUGAUAUCAGCUCUUGGCGACGAGAAGCAACAGCAUGGAUUUAUUCCAUAUAGGGAUAGUAAUUUAACCAGACUGUUAAAGGAUUCUUUGGGAGGUAACAGUAUUACACUAAUGAUCGCGUGUGUCAGCCCAGCUGACUACAAUAUGGAAGAGACAAUUUCAACUCUGAGGUAUGCAGAUCGAGCAAGGAGAAUCCAGAAUAAACCUGUAGUUAAUCAAGAUGCAAAAGCUGCAGAAAUAAAUUUGUUGAAGAAGACCAUACAGGAGUUGAAAUUGCAGAUUGUUGGACAAGGUGGGCCAGCUGUCGGCUCUGAAGAAAUAACUACCAUUAAAGAGGAAAAUCUCCGUCUGCAUACCAAAAUCCGCGAUCUCACCUUCCAGUUGUCGUCAACCCUAAACGACAACACCGGCCUUUUGGAGAAAUUAAUGAUCCUUCAAAAUGCCAACGAAAGUCUCCACAAGAAAAUCCAAGAACUCCGACACGAAUAUGACACAACUAUUGACAACAUUAACUCUAGUUUGAAUCAGAACGACCAUGAAGAGAUCAAGAAGAAUUUGGCCAAACUCCAACGCAUCCAAGAACAAUUUGUCGUCAUUGAUAGCGAACAAAAACGAACAGAAAACGAAAUCUUGAACCACGAACAAAACAUCGAUUUACAUAAUAGUCAAGAGGGUAAAUUCAAAGACGAGGGCGAUUUGAGCAAAGACCAAGAAAACUACACCAACAAACAGAUGGCUCUCAACAUCGAACUGCAAGAACUGACUAAGAAACUAGCCAUCAAGGAACAUCUGGCAAGGCAAAUUACAACCAAUACUCAACAUUUGGUAGAUUAUAAAGCGAUGGCAGAAAACGAAGAUAAAAUAUUAACGCUGGAAAAAGAGAAGAACGAGUUGCUUCAGCAGCUGAAGAACGCUCAAGGGUCCUCAACAAAGGUUUCGGAACAGAGAAGGAAAAGGGUACACGAUCUUGAAAGUCAGAUUCAAGAUUUGAAUAAAAAAGUUCAAGAGCAAGCACGACUUAUCAAGCUCAAAGAGAAAGACGUCACUAAGAUAAAUCAGCUGAAUAACGAGAUCCUACAGAUGAAACAAACUCGCGUUAAACUGAUAAGAAAAAUGCGGGAGGAGUCUGAGAGGUUCAGAACAUGGAAGAUGCAGAGAGAACGAGAGUUAGCGAAGCUGAAGCAACAGGACAGGAAGAAACAAAACCAAAUUGUGAAAAUGGAAGUAAUGCAUUCCAAGCAACAGAACGUGUUGAAGAGGAAAGUAGAAGAAGCUGUUGCUCUUAACAAGAGGUUGAAGGAUGCCUUGGCUUUGAGAAAAGCGACCCAAGAUGUGAAAUAUAACGGCAAAAACGAUAAAAUGGGAUGUUGGAUUAAGCAAGAAUUUGAUGUACAUAUGCAUUUGGUAGAGGCAGCAACUACGUUAGACGGUUUAUUAGAAGAUAGAGCUAUGCUCCAAGAGCAAUUGAAUAAACUGAAAGAAAAUCCAAAUGAGGGCGAAUCGCAGCUUAAAAGUUUGGAAGAGGACAUUGAAUUGCGUUCAGUACAGAUUCAGGACUUGCAGCAGAAGAUUUUAGAUUCAGAAGAAGACAAUAAAAAGUCAAAGCUGGAUAAUGUACAAACGAUGGCCGAUGCUAAAUUCGCGUUGAAAAGCUUGCUGGAACAGGCAGCGGAAGUCAAGAAAAAGGAAGUGACAACGAGAAAUAAGUUUAUAGAGAUGCAAGCGACUCUUAUUGAUACGAAACGUGCAUCACAAAAUCUAGAAAAGGUCGUAAAAAUCAUGGAAUACAAACAUGCCGAGGAUAUAUCGUGUAUGCAGAACGAAUAUGAAGAGAAGAUUGCGGUUCUUUUGCGGCAACUGCGGGGAGUACAAGUCCAAAAUGUCGAUGAGGAAGUGAAACAACGUUGUGCAAUUCAAGCAGAAAAAAUCGAUGCACUAGACAAAGCUAAUCAAGACUUAAUGUCAAGACUAAUGGAAUCGCAAGACGAAGUUAGCAAACUGAAAGAAAAAAUUGAGACUAUCACUCAUUUGGCGCAAGAAUCCCAAAAUAACGCCGACAUUCUAGAGGAGUGUACAACACCCGUCGAAAAAAUAAGGAGGAAACCUUUAAAGAUCAAACAAGAAGUUGAUUCCACUUUUACAAUUGAAAAUCAGGAAAAUUUGGAUGUCAGUUUGGAGGAUGAUGUUGACGACAUCGAGAAAGAUCCUGAUUGGAAGCGCACACCUCUUGGAAAAUGGAUAUUAGAAAAAAAGAGAAGAGGACUUCAGAGAUCUCGAGAGGAGGAUAGUUCAAAUCAGACAUUCAAGCGAACGUCGGACGGUGGAUGUAUGUGUGUCAAAAGUAAUUGUUCAGCUCGUUGCGGAUGCAGAAAAACCAACAGGAGGUGUACAACGGGCUGCAAGUGCUCGUCUACCUGUACAAAUAAGAAUCUGGAACCAGACCUUGAUAGCUCAGAUCAAUUUCAGAUACCAGAGGAUAAACGACUGAGGUUGAUGAAGGUGAAGCUGUUUUCCUGUAAUUCGUGAGACUUAAUUUCCACAUGUGAUAUUGUUUUUGUAUUUAUUACACUUUUUUAUGUACUUGUAUAACUGAACAAAUUUUAUAGCACUAAAA